AUGAUCAACAUUCGGCAACAUUCCUCAAGCAUCGGCUGGCAAUUGUCGUCAGAUCUUUUGAAAUUGUCUACGCCCAUUCAUAGUUCAAUGAAGGCCGACUUUAGGCAAUUGCGUCGUAUCCAACAAGCGACACGAAGAGGUGUAUCUUAUACCCCAAAAUUUUCCAACAAUGGCACGUCGAUAAAGGGGACAGUUCGUCAAUUACAAAAAGCACAACCGGUUCAUAGCUGGAACCAACCAUUCCCGCCACGUUCAUGUGCCAUCCCUACCAGUCAUCUAAUCUCACGCCGAGUCACAUACAGCACUGCAUCCACUAUAUCUACUGAGCCUGUAAUUCACAAUAUCUUCGAGCCCACAUCUGGAACAUGGCAGUAUCUUAUCGCUGAUCCCACGACGUCAACAGCUGUUAUCAUCGAUCCAGUCUUGAACUAUGAUCCCGCCACUCAGGCUGUGACCACUCAGGCAGCCGACUCCUUGCUCGCUCUUAUCAAGGGAAAGGGCUAUAAGAUCGACAAGAUUCUCGAAACGCACGCUCAUGCAGAUCAUUUAUCUGCUGCGUCUUAUCUUCAAAAACGUCUUGCCCAGGAUCAAGAUCAUAAGCCACCCAUCUGCAUUGGCAAACGCAUUGAACAAGUCCAAGAAUUGUUCGCCGAAAGAUAUGGUGUCCGACAAGAAGAAUAUAAAGCCAUUUUUGACAGGCUUUUCGACGACGAUGAGACAUUUACUAUUGGGAACUUGAAGGGAAAGGCUAUUCAUCUACCCGGACACACCCCGGAUCAUCUUGGUUACAUGAUUGGAGAUAACAUAUUCUGUGGCGAUUCUCUGUUCCACGUGGACAUUGGCACUGCACGCUGUGACUUCCCCGGUGGUGAUGCCAAUGACCUCUUUCGAUCGGGCCGCAAGCUUCUAAGCCUCCCUGACCACUUCAAGAUCUGGACAGGUCAUGAUUACCCGCCGGAGGGACGCGACCCCGUUCCCUGGAUGAGCGUUCAGGAUCACAAGGAGCUGAAUAAACAUUUAAAAGACGGUAUCAGCGAAGAGGAGUUUGUGACUUUGCGAAAGGAACGUGAUGCAGGAUUGGCAGCACCCAAGCUGCUUCACCAAUCUUUGCAGGUCAACAUUCGAGCAGGACACCUUCCUUCGUCGAAGUCUGGUCAUCGGUUGCUUCACCUUCCUCUGAAGCUUACAGGCGAAGCAUGGUAA